GACGAUUACAUUGAUGAUGAACCUUAUCGCAAUGAACUUUCAAUGCAUGAAUGAUGCACCUGGAGUUUUAACCGAACAAAAAUAUUUGGAUGUUGGUAAUGAAAAGGCUGUACAACAGGCGAGAGAACGUUAUAUACAGGAACAACAAAAAGGCCAAGAACUCCACAUGAAUUGGCCACAGAACAUUGGCACCGCAUGAUCCAGGCAACUAAAUGUCGUAAACCAAUGCCACGCGUCAUACCCGUCUCGAAUAACACUUCCAAACGUUAUGAACCAUAUGCCACCAUUUUGCAUCGUUGUGGCGAUGAUACCGGCUGUUGUGGUUCCACAGCCAGUGUGUGUACGGUUAAAAGGCAUGAAAUCGUUAUGGUAUAUGUUUUUUCAUAUGACUUUAAUUAUCGCAAAGAAUCGAGGCGUUACCAAUGCAAAAUCAUACUGAAUGUCAUUGCGUCAAUCGUGCCAGUUUAUUGUUGCAUGAUUCCAUGCCACGUGAUAAAAGAUCUGGUGGUAGUGGUGCUGCUGCUGGUGGUCUGGGUAGUACAAGUUAUUUGCAUCAUUUCCAACGGCAACAGAGAAAACAACAACAACAACAACCGCAGCAAGAAUAUCGGCAGUCAUCGUCACAGCUUCAGAGUCCGAAUCAACAUCAUCAAGAGCAAUUGCAAAAUAUGCUAGAUUGCCAUUGUCCUCGGCACUUUAAUGUUUUCGAAGAGGAUGUAGAGCGUCAUGCCCAUUUACCAAAACCACACAGUGUUUUUAUACGCAAAUGCCGUUGUGACUGUUUGGUCAAUAAUCAAACAUGUCUGCGGUUUAAACAUGGCGAAGAAGGAUUUCCUUGGAAGAUCGCAAAUGCAUAUUGGAACGUAAUUGCAAACCGCCAGUUUGCUCAUAUGGUGAAUAUAAUGUACGCGUGGGUCGUUGUCCCAGCUAUUAUAGAUCACAUCUUCUACAAACAACUUGAAUACUCAUAAUACUUACUACAAACAUACAUCUAUUUUCAAAAUAAUUACUUAACGAAUUUCCAUGUAAUAGUUUUAGCUAUUAAGUAUCCAAGUACUUUAAGUCCAUGUGUAUAAUUAAGAGAGAUUCAUUGUUUUAUAGCUGCUAAAUACAUAUGAUUUUAGUUUUUAGUUAAAUUAUUUUUCACUACUUGCCAUAAUGAAAGCAAACUAACAAAACAUUUAAAAAUUAAUUUUCCUAGAUAUUUUUUCUAAAUAUUAAAUAAACAUUUUAGUUUUUAAGUCCUAAGAAUACCUUAACUAACUACGAAUAUAUAUGAUUUUUUAUAUUUUUAGGAAUUUAUAACAAAUAAAAAAACUCAUUCACCAGUAUUGCACAAUAUUUUCCAAACUUAUUAAAACUUUUGUUUAAAUUUUAUUUAAAAUUAAAAAAAAUUUCCUUUUAUAAAUUCAUAACAAAAUUUUACUACUAUCUCUAAUGUAUGCUUAAACAAGAGUUUUUUUAUUUAUAAAAUACAUUUUGCUAAAACUUUAUAUUUUCUUUACAAAAAAAUACCAUAAAGCAUAAAUCAAGAGUAUUUUACUAACAUUCUAUAAACAAAAUACAUAAACAAUAGUUUAUAAGUAAAUAAAUAAAUAAUUUUGUAUAAUAAUUCGUACUUAAUUAUGUUUUUCUUUAUUAUUAAGUUUAUAUUUAAUAACUAGGCUACUUCAUACAUAUUUAAAUAUUAGCUUAUGAGUAUUAAUUUCGCUAAUUAAUACAUACUUAUGUGUACUAAAUAUUAAGUGAAAAGCUAUUUAAUGUUUUUUUUAUUAUUUGGAUAUUUUUUUAUAAUUUUUGUUAUACUUAUUUUUUUAUAUAUUCUUUUUUUGUAUAAUAAAUUACUAGUCAGAUGACAUUAUUUAAAU